GCUCGAAGCAUCCGCCCCGUUUCGGCCGCCGCCGCCACCACUUUGGAGAGGCCGAGAGCGCGUCUGCGUGCUCGACUUAAUCUUUGGCCACCUCCCUCAUCAGCCGUAGCAGACUGCGACGGUAACAUCGAGAAGACGAGCUCGCCCACGCCUUCUCGACGGACUCCCGUCCUCGCCACCGCCCGUCCAGGGGAGGAGGCAGAAGAGUGUGCAACUUUGAAGCCAGAAGAAUUGCUAGGUGAAUUUGAUCUGUAAUCCACGUCGAUCAUUUAAGGGUGUUUUCAGUUGUUUUCAUUGUCAUAAUUCGAAGUUGAAUCAGCCUUUGAGGGGGUCUAGAGUGGAUUUAUGCAGUAUGGGCAGACAUGAGGGCACUUUGCUGCUUACAUAUUUGGCAGAGAUUCAAAAUGGGGAGCCCCUUUUCUUCUCAUCAAAUUCCCUUCCUGUAAAGGCAUACAAUUUUGAACCUGCAGGGCAUGCAUUUCAUUUUGCUGCACUUAAACUGCUGGGAUUGUGGGAUGAAGAAGAUGCUGAAACUGAUGGACAAAGUGUUCAAUCAGAUGACAGGGGUCAAGAGCAUUUACCAUCUUCAGAUUCUUAUGGCAGUAAGGGCAGAAAGAAAUCUAGUGCUGGAAGCACUCAAAAAGACCAUUACGCACUCUUGGGCUUGGGGCAUUUGCGGUUCCUAGCUACUGAGGAUCAGAUACGAAAGAGUUACCGUGAGACUGCAUUGAAGCAUCAUCCUGACAAACAGGCUGCACUUAUUCUUGCUGAAGAAACAGAAGAGGCUAGACAGGCUAAGAAGGAUGAAAUAGAAAGUCAUUUCAAAGCUAUUCAGGAGGCGUAUGAAGUCCUAAUAGAUCCAGUUAAAAGAAGAAUAUAUGACUCAACUGACGAAUUUGAUGAUGAUAUUCCAACUGAUUGUGCUCCACAAGAUUUCUUCAAGGUUUUUGGGCCAGCAUUUAUGAGAAAUGGAAGAUGGUCUGUAAGUCAGCCUGUUCCUCCUCUAGGAGACGAGAACACAUCUAUGGAAGAUGUGGACAGUUUCUAUAAUUUCUGGUACACUUUUAAAAGUUGGAGGGAGUUCCCUCAUGCAGAUGAGUUUGAUUUAGAGCAAGCUGAGUCUCGUGAUCAUAAGAGAUGGAUGGAGAGGCAGAAUGCAAAGUUGAGGGAGAAGGCUAGAAAGGAGGAACAUGCACGGGUUAGGGCCCUUGUUGACAAUGCUUACAAGAAAGAUCCUAGAAUUCUGAGUUGGAAGGAAGAGGAAAAGGCUGAGAAGAAGAGAAAGAAGGAGGCAAAAAUUCUGGCAAGGAAGUUGCAGGAGGAAGAGGCAGCAAAAGCUGCCGAAGAGGAAAGGCAGCAAAAGGAGGAGCAAGAGAGGAAGAUGGCAGAAGCUGCUCUGAACCAGAAAAAAAUAAAGGAAAAAGAGAAAAAGCUCUUGCGCAAAGAAAGGACUCGUUUGCGCACUCUCUCUGCACAGUUGGUCUCAGAGAAUUUGCUUGAUCUUUCAGAAGAUAUUGUGGAAAGUAUAUGCAUGUCAUUUGACCUGGAGCAGCUCAAGCUUCUUUGUGACACGAUGGAGGGUAAGGAGAAAAUGGAGAGAGCCAAGUUGCUAAGGGAUGCACAGGGUGGAAGCAGUUCAGAUGUGAUGAAAAAAGGGAAGACUACCAGUUUUCAAGACCUAUCUCUGAAACCUAAUGGCACUGUAACAGAUGCCAAGGUGGGUGGUCCAUUGAGCAACUAUGAGAAGAAAGAGAGACCAUGGGGAAAAGAAGAGAUCGAGAUGCUUAGGAAAGGCAUGCAGAAGUAUCCAAAGGGAACCUCCCGAAGGUGGGAGGUCAUUUCAGAAUACAUUGGUACUGGGAGGUCAGUUGACGAGAUCCUGAAGGCCACAAAGACGGUCCUCCUUCGGAAGCCCGACUCUGGAAAAGCUUUUGACUCUUUCCUUGAGAAAAGGAAGCCAGUUCAAACCAUCUCUUCACCUCUUUCGACCAGACUGGAAACAGAGGCCCUCCCUGUUGAUGGAACUCAUGCUGCAUCUUCUAGAACAUCUGCAGGCGACCAGAAUCCAUUAGAGGUUCAAGCUUCCAAUGGAGUUCCUGCUGCCGUGGAUCAAGAUGCUUGGUCUGAAACCCAAGAACGAGCCCUUAUCCAGGCUCUGAAAACAUUCCCAAAGGAUGUUAACCAACGCUGGGAACGCGUCGCUGCUGCUGUGCCUGGGAAAACUAUGAUACAGUGCAAAAAGAAGUUUGCUUUGAUGAAGGAGAGCUUCAGAAGCAAGAGAAACACCGAUCAGUAACUUACCAUUAAGAGAUUCCAUUCCUAUGAAGCAGAUUUUGUUUCCAACGAUAGGUAAAAAUGUGCAGCAGAGCACUCUUUCCCCUGCCAUGGAGGAACGUUCCAAGAGUGUAUCAAAUCGUCAUCAUCCUACCUAUCGCAUCCAGAUUUUUACAAUUGAUUCUCCAAAGCAAGACCAGCUCACAAUCAACAAAACCACACCAUAUUCUAUCUAUCAGUCACUCGGUCUGAAUUUUUAAGCAAAUCACAGCUAUUGACAAUAUUAUUCCCUCUUUUGGUAGUCUAUAUACGAGUCUUUCUUGUCUCCGAUAGCUGAGUUACCUUAUGCCCUUGCUGAAUGCUUUUUGUUUGUGUUUCUGGAUAUCAUCAUGCAUUCCAGCUACACCCUGUUCUUCUUUACGGUCGCAAUAAACUGUCUUAUGAAAUACUUGAGGAGGUGCAAUUGAUGCCAUCUUUGUGAAUCCAGCAUCCGAUACUAGGCUUUUUG